UAGGGGGAGUGGUUUUCAUUUGUGCGUCGCACGAGCCGUGUGUGUAUGCGAAAAGCCAACGUCGAAAUUGGUGGCCACUGCACAUUUUAUUUCAUUCCCGAGAAAGCACGCGACACAGCGCCAGUGAGAACGCGGUCUAUAAUUGGAACAUCCGGUACAUAAGUUUCAUUGCUUAACUAGUAGAUGCAGUGACCGAGUUGAACGAAGUGAUGUGACUCAACCUUCUUAAUAAUAACAAUUAAAACAACAGUGCUAGUUUAUUUUCGAAAAUGUCUUCGAUAAGUGUGGUACAAUACACUCCCGCCUCGCCGAACAAACUCUCGAACGUUCUUCAGCAAAACAAUAACGCCAGCAACAAACGUGAAGUUAUAGUGCUACGCAAACCGGCGCACAUCCUGCCGCAACCGGAGGAUUUCAAGGACAACAUCCUCAUCACCAACACGGCAAGGAAAAAAUCGUCCACGAAACCUUCGAAUAAAGCCAACCCGCAACCUGUGGCGGUGGCCAGAAGAAACGCACGGGAAAGAAACCGCGUUAAACAAGUAAACAACGGUUUCGCUAAUCUACGACAGCACAUCCCAAACUUCAUAGCACAAGCCUUCGAAACUAACACUGGCAGGGGUGGCAAUAAAAAGUUGAGCAAAGUUGAGACGCUUAGAAUGGCCGUCGAGUAUAUUCGAAGUCUUGAAGAAAUCUUGGCUAUGGAUGGGGUGGAAACGCCUACAAUGUCCACCUUACAAACCCAACAAUAUAACAACUAUGAGUUAUCGCCAUCUGACGACGGGUUUGAUGAAGACGACAUGUCUUUGGCCCAAACACCACCACCACAACAACAAUUCAUUAAAAUAAAUACGUCCACAAACACCUACCAAAUCAUCCCAGGGAAUAUAUACGACAACUCUGAGAACAUGGACCCCUUAAUCAUCAACAAUCACAUCAUCGACACCUCUAUGAUGGACCCCAACCUAGAGUUCACAAUAAACCAAGAUUUGUCCUACCUAAGCAGCAACUACACCACCGCGAGUCUUUCCCCAGGGAUGUACAGCGACCAAUCCCUAUCCCCCAACUCCCUAGAGCUCAGCGAUCGAAAAUGCUACAUCCCCGUCUUCAACAGCCCGAACCAAGACGACAUCAAAGUACGUCUAUCACCGGAUGUGCAAGUUAAAAACGAAGAAACAGAAAAUUUACCAGUUAUUUCCCUAAAGACUGAGCAAGAAGUCCCCGACGGUCACAAGGACAAUGUCAUCGACGUUAUCCAAUGGUGGGAACAGCAACAACCACCUACUUCCAGAAGAAGCUAG